AUGUACCGCAUGUGCUUAGUAAAUCCUGAUCAGCGAAGUCUGCAGCGUAUUUUAUGGCGCGAAAACCCUGAUAGUCCAAUUGAAAUUUUUGAAUUAGCAACUAUCACAUACGGAAUGUCAGCAGCUGCUUUUUUGGCCAUAAGAUGCCUACACCACAUUGGUUUGGAAUGUAGUGAAGAAUCUCCAGUAAUUUCUGAUGUUAUUAAAAAUCAUUUUUAUGUUGAUGAUUUUCUUAGCGGAGGUGAUUCCAUAGAUGAUGCUAUUUUUAUAGCCAAUGAGGUAACACGAUAUUUGAAAAAGGGUUGUUUCGAGUUAAGAAAAUGGAUUUCUAAUUCUCCGGAAAUUUUGGCGCACAUUCAAUUCAACGAAAAAUUAGAUAUUAUUGAUUUCGGCGCGCGUGAAAAUCACAAACGUUAG